UAUGGACAUAUAAAUACGAGGCCAGCUGCUUUUCUUGUGCUCUAGGUCACUCCAUCUGUUUCAUUCCGUUGAAAAUCCGAGAGCAAAAGGCCCAUUGCCACACUCGCCCAGUUCUCUUUUCCGUUUUGACCAUGGCGCCGGAUCCAAAUGCCAGUGGUAGCGGCACGGUUCCGUCGAAGGAGCCAAAGAGGAAGAAGGAUGACAAAAAGGAGGAAGAUCUGUCGGAUGAAGAUUUGGCGUUGAAACAGCAAUUAGAGUUGUAUGUGGAAAGGGUUCAGGAUCCUGAUCCUGGAUUGCAGAAGGUUGCGCUUGAGAGCAUGAGACAGGAAAUCCGGACCUCUACGAGCUCCAUGACCUCUGUCCCAAAGCCACUGAAGUUUCUUCGUCCUCACUAUGGAACUCUGAAAGCAUAUUAUGAAAUGAUGCAGGACUCAGAUUUGAAGAAUUACUUGGCAGAUAUACUAUCAGUUUUGGCUCUCACCAUGUCUGCUGAGGGUGAACGGGAGAGCCUAAAGUACAGAUUGUUGGGUUCAGAAGGUGAUAUUGGUUCAUGGGGCCAUGAGUAUGUAAGGAACUUAGCUGGAGAAAUUGCGCAAGAGUAUGCUAAGCGACAGAGCGAAGAAGCUGCAAUUGAUGAUCUUAUGGAGCUUGUUCAACAGAUAGUUGCUUUUCACAUGAAGCACAAUGCAGAACCUGAAGCUGUUGAUCUUCUGAUGGAGGUUGAAGACCUUGAUAUCUUAGUUGAGCAUGUGGACAGUACGAAUUUCAAAAGGACAUGCCUCUACCUUACCAGCUCAGCAAGGUACCUCCCUGGUCCUGAUGAUAUGUUGGUCCUGGAUAUUGCCCACCUGAUUUAUUCAAAAUUUGAAGAGUAUCCAAAUGCACUUCAGAUAGCCCUAUAUCUGGAUAACAUGCUGUAUGUGAAGCAGUUGUUUUCAACAUGUGAUGAUCUGCUACUAAAGAAGCAAUUCUGUUACAUGCUUGCUCGACAUGGUGUUGCAUUUGAGCUAGAUGAUGAUAUGGUUGCAGAUGAUGAUGAUCGGGAGGCAUUGCAAGAUAUAAUAAACAACAUCAAGUUAAGUGAAGGUUAUCUCACACUUGCUCGUGAUAUUGAGGUCAUGGAACCCAAAUCUCCUGAAGAUAUCUAUAAGGCACACUUACUUGAUGGCCGGGCUAGUGCUGGUGCGAGUGUUGACUCAGCUAGACAAAAUCUUGCUGCCACCUUUGUUAAUGCUUUCGUGAAUGCUGGCUUUGGUCAGGAUAAGUUAAUGACAAUCUCAUCAGACAAUUCCAGUGGCGGCGGUUCUUCUGCCAACUGGCUUUUCAAAAAUAAAGAACAUGGGAAGACUAGUGCUGCAGCAAGUCUUAGUAUGAUUUUACUGUGGGACGUUGAUGCUGGACUUGCCCAAAUUGACAAGUACUUCCACUUAAGUGACAGCCAUGUCCUUUCUGGUGCAUUAUUAGGAGUUGGGAUUGUGAAUUGUGGUAUAAAGAAUGACUGUGAUCCUGCACUCGCACUUCUAGGUGAUUAUGUAGAUAAAGAAGAUUCAUCCAUUCGAAUUGGUGCAAUAAUGGGCCUUGGAAUUGCAUAUGCUGGUACCCAAAACGAGCAGAUACGGAGAAAAUUGGCUCCUAUACUCAAUGAUGCCAAAGCUCCAUUUGAUGUAAUUGCAUUCACUGCAAUCUCUCUGGGCUUGGUAUAUGUGGGUUCCUGCAAUGAAGAGGUUGCUCAGGCGAUUAUAUUUGCAUUGAUGGACCGAAGUGAUUCAGAGUUGGGAGAGCCCCUCACUCGGCUAUUGCCUCUUGGCCUUGGUCUCCUAUACCUUGGGAAGCAGGAAAGCGUGGAGGCAACAGCUGAAGUUUCUAAGACCUUUAAUGAGAAGAUUAGAAGAUACUGUGACAUGACACUACUUUCAUGUGCCUAUGCUGGAACAGGGAAUGUUCUCAAGGUUCAAAACCUUCUGAGCCAUUGCUCACAACAUCUUGACAAGGGAGAAACCCACCAGGGUCCUGCUGUGCUUGGAAUUGCUAUGGUAGCAAUGGCUGAAGAAUUGGGGCUUGAGAUGGCAAUUCGUUCACUAGAGCAUCUUUUACAGUAUGGCGAGCAGAACAUCCGUCGUGCUGUUCCCUUGGCUCUUGGUCUUCUUUGCAUAUCAAAUCCUAAGGUCAAUGUUAUGGACACAUUAAGCAGACUUAGCCAUGAUACAGAUUCAGAAGUAGCAAUGGCUGCUGUAAUCUCCUUGGGUUUGAUAGGUGCAGGAACCAACAAUGCUCGAAUAGCUGGCAUGCUUCGCAAUCUUUCAAGCUAUUACUACAAAGAUGCCAGCCUUCUUUUCUGUGUUCGAAUUGCUCAAGGUCUUGUACAUUUGGGGAAGGGUUUAUUGACUCUUAAUCCAUAUCAUUCUGAACGGUUUUUGCUAUGCCCGACGGCACUUGCUGGAAUAAUAACAAUGCUGCAUGCAUGCCUUGAUAUGAAAACUAUCAUCUUGGGAAAGUAUCAUUAUGUUCUCUACUUCCUUGUUUUGGCAAUGCAGCCAAGAAUGUUGAUGACUGUGGAUGAGAAUCUCAAACCUCUUUCCGUUCCUGUUCGGGUGGGCCAAGCUGUUGAUGUUGUUGGCCAGGCCGGUCGUCCCAAAACCAUCACUGGUUUCCAGACACAUUCAACACCUGUUCUUUUGGCUGCUGGUGAUCGAGCAGAACUGGCUACUGAGAAAUAUAUUCCUCUGUCUCCCAUUCUUGAAGGCUUUGUAAUCUUGAAAGAGAACCCAGACUACAGAGAAGAGCAGUAGAAUUGAUUUGGACCAAAGUGCAUGGAAACUGAGAAGGUCAUUAAUGCUUGUGAGGUUCUAGCAACCAGAUCAUUGGUAAAAUUCAUGAUGAUUUGCUGGUCUCUGGCGCAUUUGUUCUUUUACUCAGAAAAUUAGGUGUCUAGAAAUUAGCAAACGUACAAAUUUAUAGACAGCAUAUGUUAUGCAUAUUUGGCACUGUUUUCAGAAAGGUUUUAUCAUUUUUUUUCCUCGUAAUCGUGGAAACAAGUUUCUUGCUGAAUUGAGAUACGCAUGGCCUUUACUCCCUGUUCAUUAAACUAUGAUGAAAGGUUAAUGGAACCGAUGGCUGCAAUAUCAGCAUGGGUGGAUAGGCCUCUUGUAGCGGCAUCGUGAAAGCUUCUAUUAUCAUAUGGUUCUUUUUAUUUUCAGAUCAA